AUGAAGACAGCUGCUCUAUUGUCUAUGCUGAGCGCGAGUGUGCUCGCUCAUCCUUCUGGGCUUUGGUGGGGCACAGACACUUGUUAUCCAAGCCCCGAGAAUACCGAUAAUUCGUGCUUGGGACCCCAGAACGAUGGAUUUAAAUGGUCUGACCUUGCUGAUGGGGACAAUUGGAGCUACGAAGGCUUCAACUUCGUAGGAUUCUCGCCAAGAGACGUUUGCGGUGCUUCCGAGGGCAAGUGUAUCGAGGCAAAGCUUUCUCGGGCCGACGGCUACACUGUCAAGAUCGAGGCAACCCAAGCUCCGUUCUCUGUUCAGAAGUUUCACCUUUCCACAUCCCGUGAGACUCUGCUCAGGCUAAACUACGAGAUGACAGAUGGUUCAAUCUGUCAUGAACUCGCAACUAGCUCACCAGAAGGGGUCGAUGUUGUCAAUCAGCAGUGUGGUGGUGCUGUUUCUGUCGAGUUCACACUUCCUGAAGACAGCAAAUUUGGUGAAUGUGAUUUGAACCUCCACGAGGUUAGCUUUGAUUGCUCGCAUGGCGAGAAGCCUCCUGGUCAACUGCCUCCGCCUGGCGAGAAGCCCCAUGUUUCGACCAACACGAUUGCCUCUUCUACUUCUAGCCUCGAGCCUAAGCCAACUCCUGUCACUUCCACCAUGACCGAGCCGGUAUUCACACCUAAAGUCUCCACAGAGUGGACAACUCAGGAAUUCACAGUGACUAAUUGCCCUCCGACGGUCACUGACUGCCCUGAGCACUCUACUGUUACUUCCACUUACACCACGUCGUCCACAUUUUGGCCCUCGUCCUCGGCAAGCGUGACACCCAGCUUAGUUUCAAGCACGACCCCAGCUACACCGGAUUCGUCUAUCGUUCCCGCACCCUGCCCUGGGGUCGUUCCUAAGUGCAUCAAUACUUGGCUCUCCAUCCCGAAGUGCGACUCCAACAGUGAUGCCGCUUGCUUCUGUCCAUCAUCGGAAUUCACCAGCAAGGUGGAAGACUGCAUUCAUGCUUGGGCGAAGUCGGACCAGGAGAAGGACUCCGCCCUUUCAUACUUUGCAGGAAUUUGUGCUCCUUAUGUUCCACAAAACCCUGGCCUGAUUGAGAUCGUCCCUACCAGCUCUUGGCCAGCCAGCCAAACUUCCCAGCCAACUGGUCCAGCUCAUGUGAUGACUACGGCGGUAACAAUCACUCCGACAACCACCGGCUCUCAUCAUACUACUCCCUGUACAACGGUCACUUGGUCGUCUCAAACCGUCACUGUUCCUGAAGUUACAUUUAGCACAAUAUCUAUGGGAUCCACGACCUCGGUGUGCUUAGUCGCUGCGACUGUGACGCCCACUACCUCUAGCUCUCCUGCCAAAACCAGCUGCUCAUCGUUCAAAACUAUUACGACAGUCGUUCCUUGCGCAUGCGAAACCACCGGCACUACCACAACGACGUCCUCGUCUCCUUCCGGGACACCUCCCCACUCGAACGCUGGCUCCAAGUCAUUUACCAACAACGCUCUUUCUGUUGGAGUGGCUCUGUUGAUUCUUAAUUUUCUCUAA